CUUCCUUGUUCCUUAUAACUUUCAUGGUCUUCCAUCCCAAUGUUUCCAAACAAACGUAUCAAACUGGAUAGAACAGAUGAACAAAGGAAACAGAUCAUACUUGCUGAAAUAGACGUCGAGCUUGGCUUGAGAAAGCGACUGGCACAGACUUUGGAAUCUAGGAUUGCUUGGGCUUCAUUGCUUCUAGACUCCUUGCAGAAUGAGACCGAAUGUGUCUCAGAAGUCCCGUUCAGAGAUGUGGCUUUGAAUACACUCUCUAUUUUGGAAUCAUCUUCUGACAUUUUGUUCGCGCGGGAUGUUAUCGUGGUUCCUCCAACAAAUGUAGCACCAAAGGGUCGUCUUCCUCCCAAAGAAAAGCCAAUCACCCGUUCGCAAAAGUCUAAAUUUCUGUUUCUGCGCUCCCAAGAUUCUCAUCGUGUGGUUCUACUUCGCUGCUCCAUUUGUCACCAAUCGACCUUUAACACCCUGCAAGGCCUUUACAAUCACGGGCGGAUAUUGCACUCGACAGACUGGGGCUCUCACGAACAGUGUAUCAAGGCAUGUGCCGUCCCCCAAGAGGAACUUGAUGCCGAUCUUGAUCUUGAAGGAGGAGUGGAUGUGAGUCGCGGCAUGCUUCUCCCAGGCGUGAAGGGUCUGUUUCAAAUGGCAGUUGAAGGGACACGAGAUGAAAACCCGACCAGCGCUUCCUCCGAAUUGGAGGUAAAUGAGGCAGUCGGGCGCAGCAUUCAUUUGACGAAAACGUUGGGUUUACACAGCGAUUCCCCAGCGCUGGCCCAAUUCUUAGGCAAAGAGGCAAAACGCAAGGGUAUCAAGGUGUGGGAUGAUGGCAAGCACAUUGAUAUCAUCACAUUCGAUGGCAAUGAUAGUCCACUUGUUUUGAAAAAAUCUUGGAAGAAAAGAUAUAACCAUCGAAAUCGUCCUCUAGUCGAGGAAGGAGUGAUCAUGACCAAUGAUAAACGUUCUCAACUAGCCGCAAAUAGCACUUCUUUCACAGACUCUACAAUCACAGCUACCAGCAGAUUCCAUAUAUCGUGUCGAGUAACACUCACAGACACCAGUCUCUUCAUUCCAGAAGACCAGCGUAUCGAAGAAAAAAAAGACCAUACACAUCAAUGGAUGAUUUGCGCAGAGUCAGCCUCUUAUAGUCUCGAUCUCACCACCGUCCUUACAUCGAUGCUUGUCACGCCGAUGUCCUCCCCCGAUCUUGAGCCAUCAAUAUCCCUGGCCCCGCUAAUAGCCACAGAACCACCUUUUCUAGUCGUUGGAACCACGUCUGAACCAUUCCAGGUUCAAAUUGAGCUCAUGUUCAAUCCCAGUACAAGCGGGCCCGGUCAAAAUGGACAGAAAGUUAUUCUAGAACAUUGGGUUGGCUUAGACAUGAUUGGCACAAACAAGCUUCCUACAAAAGGAGACGAGCAAGUUAUUGACAUUGAACUUGACAAAGAUACGGUGUUGAAACCAGCUAAAACUGGUUAUCCUCCCGUCAAGGCCAGAUCUCACUGGGAAAAUAUGUCAAAUAUAAAAUCAAGCACGAAUAUUAAGCAUAAGUUAGGCGACCCCGCUCCCUUAAAUACAGUUGAACCAACUAUUCCAGGCUCAUAUCACGACUUGCUGUUAUUGCUGUUAAAUCGGUUUCCCAUGACUCUCAGCGACAUUCCACACAAUGACCGCAAAAUGGCCUCAGAUAUCCCUUACAAAUUGCCUGCAGACUCUAACCAGCUCAAAGCACUCAUCAUAGGGAGACGGAAAGCUAUUGAGUGGGCACGAGCGAAAGCACUCCAGGGUGCUUACACACACCAUAUCGAAGUCUUGCGAGAACGCGAUCCUUGUUCGCAUCUCAUACCUUUGACAACAGGCGACGUAUAUGCCUGGCUGGAGGAUAAUGGACAUUUCGUUCGUGAGGAACCAACAAGGACGCAGGUCAAUGAACUUGAUUCCAGGCAGGAUGGCAACCUGGUUAUUGGAGACUACUCCGAGGGUAAAUGGUGCCGCGUUUGUGGACUCGGGUUAUGGGCCCAUGGCACGCAAGGGCUAGAAUAUAUGAAAACAGAGGCUGAGCUAGCUGUAGUUGCCGCUACUCAAGCGAAAGAGGCAGAGGACAACCAGCCUCGGCUUCCCAGGAUCAAAAUCCGCCUGCUAAAUGGGAAGGUGGUCGGCGGAGGUGGACCCAGUGUUCCAGCGCCACCCCUAAGACCGGAGCCCUUUCAAUGCCGAAUAGUGGACAAGAUGCUACAACUGUUGAAGAUGCCUGUUGUUGAUGUGCAAAGAAUUCUCCGGGUCCAUACCCAAAAAGGGAUUGAACAAACACCAUCCAUUGUAUCAUCAUUGAAUCCCCGUCAACUUCCUCCCUGGUCUUCACGCACGCAUCUUCUCGUCAGGGACCACUCUACCCUUGUGGCUGCUGUAGAUCCACGAAUGACACUCGGUGUCCGCGCACUCGUCCAUCCUCUUUCUCUGCGUUCAUUUUGCCUGCCUUCUUCCCCAAUGUUGUUUCCUUUGGAUCGACUUGGUGGAAAUGCUGCUGAAGUAGAGGCUAAUCUUUCUCCAUACGCUCUUCUGGCACUAGCUGCGAAACAGUUUAUUCGCGUGCUGAUUAAGGAGGCCGCGGAAGUCGAAAAACGAGACAAAGAACUUGGUGUUGGCUUGUUAUUUGAAACGCACCAUCGAGAUGUGUCCCUACUAGCUUCAGGUCCUUCAAGCAGAAAGUAUAAAACUGUGCCCGGAACCAAUGGGAGGAAAGGUCGAGAGAAGGAAAAAAUAAAGAUUCAGUCAAUCAAAGUCUUGACGCCGAUGCACAUCAUCACUGGAGUGGUAUCCAGCUACGUUCGCGCAACUGCAUUGGCAUCUGUGCCAUCUGAAGGCCGUCCUGGUGUUCCUGUAUCGAGUAUAGAUAAUGAUGGUAGUGUUGGUAUUGCUAUGUUUGGAUGCCUGUCCAGAUUAGGUACAAAUGUGGAAGACAAAAAAGACGCGUAAAGGAUAAGACUGGCAUUGACAUGGGACUGAAAUUUAUGCAGCAUCACUGUAGAUACAUAAUGAAGAUUUAAUACGGUACCCGAUCAUACUGAUAAGCUCUGCAAGUUUAGUAUGAUCGUCCAAACAUAGUCCAACGUUUCGCAUCUUGUCCACAGGCUGGACAUUUGGUCUUGCCUGGCUCAAUUGCGGUCCAGCGAGACUGGUCGAAGGGAAUAGCAAGAGAUUUGGCUCCUGCGGAUGGUGCACGCUCGUCGGUGGGUUCAGAA